AUGAACCUAGAUUCUGCCGCCAAAAUUGUGGAUGCCGUCUUUCAGGUGCUUAUAGAAGGUAGCCAGCAAGACUACAUUGGAGAGAAAAUAUCACAGCUUGAGCAUAGCUUGCAAGCGGCUGCUUCAGCGCAAGAAGCGAAUGCCGAUGAAGAAACUAUUCUAGCUGCUCUUCUUCAUGACAUUGGCCAAUUUGCUACUUCUGCUGAUCAAAAGCAAAUGCUCUGUGAUGCCUCCACUCUCACUGAUUUGGAUCCCACUGCAUUAGGUAGUGAUAGCAAGAAGCAAAUUAGCGUUGGUGUUACAGGCCAUGAACGCAUCGGAGCAGAGUACCUGGCGAGAUUGGGAUUUUCGUCCAAGGUGUCUACAUUGGUUGAAUCGCAUGUACCUGUCAAGCGUUAUCUCACUGGCAAAUACCCUGAAUACUACGAGACACUGAGUGCUGCCUCCAAAUUGUCACUCAAAUAUCAGGGCGGCCCUUACACUCAGGAACAAUUGCAAUUAUUUGAAAAUGACCCUUUAUUUGAACUUAAAGUGCAAUUGCGUCAAUGGGAUGAUGCAGCCAAGGUCGUUGAUCUCACAGUGCCUGAUCUGGAAUCCUAUCGCUCGAUGGCCAUUCGCCAUUUGUUGCAGCAGCAGCAGCAGCAGCAGCAGCAGCAACAAGUAUCAUGCUAG